CUCUAAAUCUCUCAAUUAACACAUAACCCACCCUCCACCAUCCAUUUUUCCCGUCAUCUUCCACCGCCGUCACACCAUGCUCAGCAAAUUUCUCCGCCCGAUUCUCUCAUCUUGCCGCAGACCUCAUCUCUUUUCAUCACCAUUUCAAUCACUUCUCAACCCCAUUCUUCCAUCCCAUCUCCACCACCGUUUUCUCUGCUCCCUGUCCCCACCUUCAUCCGCUCUUCUUCCUCCUCAAAACUCCGACAACCUCAAUCUCCCUAUCCCAAAAGUUCGAACCCAAACUCCUCUCGAGAAGCAAUUCGAAUCAUGGGUUCAGAAGCUCAAGCCCGGUUUCUCCCCUUCCGACGUCAACGAGGCUCUACAAGCCCAAUCCGACCCCGAUCUCGCCCUCGACCUUUUCCGGUGGACGGCGCAGCAGCGCGGCUACAAACACAACCAUUUAACCUAUCUAACAAUCAUUAAGAUCCUAAUUUACCGCCGGAGAUGCCACCUCGCUGAAACCCUAGUUGAAGAGGUAAUUGCUGGUGCUUGUGAAAUGAGUGUGCCGCUUUACAAUUCCGUGAUUAGGUUCUGCUGUGCCCGGAAAUGUCGGUUUAAUCGAGCUUUUGAUGUGUACAAAAAGAUGUGGAAAUCUGAUGACUGUAAACCCACGCUUGAAACUUAUGCAAUGCUGUUCAAUUCACUGCUUAGGAGGUUCAAUAAGUUGAGUGUUUCUUAUGUUUAUUUACAUUCGGUUCGUUCGUUAACGAAGCAAAUGAAAUCGUCGGGUGUGAUUCCCGAUACUUUUGUGUUGAACAUGAUCAUUAAAGCAUAUUCUAAGUGUCUUGAAGUUGAUGAAGCGAUUCGGGUUUUUCGAGAAAUGGGGUUGUAUGCUUGCCAACCGAAUUCGUAUACUUAUGGCUACAUUGCAAAAGGGUUGUGUGAGAAAGGACGAGUUGAACAAGGGUUGGAAUUUUACAAGGAAAUGAGAGUUAGAGGCUUGAUUCCUAGCAGCAGUACUUAUAUGAUUUUGAUUUGUAGUCUAGCAAUGGAACGCAGAUUUGAGGAAGCUAUUGAGAUUUGUUUUGAUAUGUUGUGUAAUUCCAUGGCACCGGAUUUGCUUACUUACAGAACCUUGUUAGAAGGAUUAUGUCGGGAAGGACGGGAUAGUGAAGCAUUUGAUUUGCUUGAUGAAUUGAGGAAGAGGGAUAAACUGAUGAAUGAGAAAACAUUCAAGACUCUAUUAAAUGGACUGCACACUGUUGGUAGAGAUUAGUUUAUGAGGAUUGUCCUCAGCAUAUUCCAUUGAAUUUCUUUGCUUGGUUCUAUGCAUGUUAACCAUUUAGGAUUAGAUCUUGAGUAAGUCUUCUGAAUACUGGAAUGAAUUUUGUUACUGAACCUUUAAGAUUUCACUAUCUAUUUAGCUUGAUUAGAAGUGAAAUGUUGAAGAGAGGAUUCCAUUAUUCUGACUUCUUGUGGUUCUAGCUCAAAUGGACUACGCGUUAAAUUGACUGGUUAUGGAUGCUUGUAGAACCCUCAAGCUCUAGUAGGUGGAGGUUUGGUAAUGGAAGGCUCACACCCUACACUGCUGCAACUCUUGGGCGUUUGGAUUAUGCGUGCUUUCUUCUGAACUGAAUCAAUCGACAUUCGGAAUCCAAAAGAAGCAAGAAGCCACUGGGAAAGCGUUAUAGGGACAUCAAUUUUGAUUCUGUGCUCUUGUUAUUACGAAGUAUUGGAUUUGAUGUAUGGUGGUGCAUGUACAACCAAAUUCUCACAUUGGAUCUUUGGUGUUUUGCAGCGUCUUUAGAGUAAGGAAGGGCAGGAUCUAAGGUGGAAGUAGAGCGCCUUUUAAUACCAGUGCGAGCACGGUUUGAGGCAGCCGAAGAUGGGUUUCUUCAAGAAAAGAUUUCCUGAACGGGGAGGUAGCUACAGCGUAACCAUUUUAGAUCAUCUUCAAGGAAUAAGGCCUCCAUUGUUAUUGCCUGGUUUUCACCAACCAUCUUAAUAAUGGUAAGAGAGAUUUAGAGAAAGGACCUAAAUCUAGAUGAAAUUUUAAGGAUAAUUAUAACUUAUCUAUAUUAUUAAUUAUAUAAGAUUUUUGAAAUUUGAAUUA